AUGAGCGGUUUUCGGUUUUUGAAUCUCGUCCGGCCUUUUCUGCCCAUUCUCCCCGAGGUUUCCUCCCCAGAUCGCAAGGUUCCCUUCAACCAAAAGGUGCUAUGGACAGCCGUCACCCUCCUCAUCUUCCUCGUCUGCUCCCAAGUCCCCCUCUACGGUAUCAUGUCCUCCGACUCCGCUGACCCCCUCUAUUGGAUGCGUGUCAUCCUCGCGUCCAACCGUGGAACACUCAUGGAGCUUGGUAUCACCCCUAUCGUCACUUCCGGCAUGAUCAUCCAGCUUCUCGCGGGCGCGAACUUGAUCGAGGUCGACUUCUCGUUAAAGGAGGAUCGCGCGCUCUUCAGCGGGGCUCAGAAACUCUUCGCCCUCAUCCUCGCCCUCGGUCAGGCUACAGUUUACGUUCUCACCGGCAUGUACGGUCAACCGCGCGACCUUGGUGCGGGUAUCUGCUUGCUCCUCAUCAUCCAACUCGUCUCUGCAUCCCUUAUCGUCAUCCUCCUCGACGAGCUGCUCCAGAAGGGUUACGGUCUCGGCUCCGGCAUCUCCCUCUUCAUCGCGACGAACAUCUGUGAGUCUAUCGUGUGGAAAGCGUUCUCUCCCACUACCGUCAACACCGGCCGUGGCCCCGAGUUCGAGGGUGCCGUCGUCUCCCUGUUCCACCUCCUCUUCACUUGGAAUGACAAGGGCCGUGCCCUCCGCGAGGCCUUCUGGCGCGAUCGUCUCCCGAACAUCAUGAACCUCAUCGCAACCGUUGUGGUCUUUGCGGUUGUCAUUUACCUACAAGGUUUCCGCAUCGAGAUACCCGUCAAGUCAAACCGCUUCCGUGGCCAGCGCGGCUCUUACCCCGUCAAGCUCUUCUAUACCUCCAACAUGCCCAUCAUGUUGGAGUCCGCGCUCACGUCAAACGUCUUCAUCAUCUCACAGAUGCUCGCUAGUCGCUUCCCCAACAACUUCCUCGUCCGCCUCCUUGGCGUUUGGGAGCCCCUCGAGGACUCGCCCCAGCUCGCGGCUGUCUCGGGCAUCGCAUACUACAUGUCGCCUCCCCACACUCUCCGCUCUGCCCUCCUCGACCCUAUCCAUACUCUUAUCUACAUCGCAUUCACCGUCACAGCGUGCGCGAUCUUCUCAAAGACUUGGAUUGAGGUUUCGGGCUCUGGCCCGCGCGAUAUCGCGAAACAGCUCAAGGAUCAGCAGAUGGUCAUGGCUGGUCACCGUGAGGGCUCCAUGUACAAGGAGCUCAAGCGCGUCGUCCCAACUGCGGCUGCGCUUGGUGGUGCCAUCCUCGGCCUCCUAUCUGUAGUGGCGGACUUGAUGGGCGCGAUCGGCAGCGGGACCGGUAUCCUCAUGGCGGUCACGAUCAUCUACGGCUACUGGGAGAUUGGCAUGCGGGAGUCGGGCGGUCCUGAGAUGGCAGCGCUCGGCGAGCUGUUCUAG